AGCUGGGGGGACCGGAAGGAUGGCGAGGAAGUCGGAGAGGGUUUCCUGAGAUGAGAGAUUACUUCCGUCCGCGCGCUGGCCUCUCUCUGGAGCCGGCUGGCUGGGGCUCGGGGAGCGGGGUGUGCGGGGCUCGGCCGCGCCUUGCCACCUGCAGCGCCCGGGCAGGCCGCGGGGACCUGCGACAGCGGCUCACCCCGGCCAUCCUUGCAGGUGGGAGUCGAGAGCAUCUCCAAGCGCCCAAGCCAUGGUGGCCAAACAGCGGAUCCGGAUGGCUAACGAGAAGCACAGCAAAAACAUCACCCAGAGGGGAAACGUAGCCAAAACCCUGGUUGACCACAUAAAUACUGGCUUUUCCUGGAGACUGGCAGAGCAUUCUGGAAACCCCCCAGAGGGAGUCACCCCAGAGACCAUCCUGAGGUGCGUGAGAACCGGACAGCCCCAGAGGACCAAGAUGGACCGUCUGGAGGAGACAUCUCAGCAGCCAUCAGCUCUCCCAAGCUAUCUUCCAGAUCAUACAGAGCAUAAGGAUGGGCAUGUGAGGAGGCCAGAGGGUUGGAUGCUGCUGCCCUCCUGCUGGCAGGUGGAGGACCACGGAGACCUCCAGCGGGUCUAUAGCAAGCAAACUAGCCACGGGCGAUAGAAAGGAGGUCCCUGUUGUUCCCUCCCACUCCAUGGUGGAGGUCCGACCAAAUUGCCUUCUCACAGGACAUCUCCCUGCAUCCGUGUCCUCCAGUGGAAAGGGCUCUGCUCUCGUUGGCCCAUUGGAAGCAGUGUGGGGGGGUCGGCAGCUGUGCUGUCUGCCCGGUUCCCUGCGUUUCACUGUGGUGUGCAUGUGGCCCUCUGGGCGACCGCCCAUUUACAUCCUGCCAAUACAGUCUGUCCUCUGUCGGGAAUUGGUUUUACAAAUAAAUGUCUUCAUUCAACCUUAAUACGGCAUGUGAGUU